CACGAGUUCUUCACACAUUCAUGUGACUGAAAGCUUUUUUUAACACGAAGUUUGUAUCCCCGUAUGGCGUCGAGCUUUACUCAGCUCAUCUACCUGGACUUUCUGUAGAGCUAAACUCCAGGCCACACUGAGGAUCCAAGACGAUUAGCCGUGUCCUGUGAUCACCAAACUAGCAGGAAAUUCAACUGUCGGCGAUUGAGUAACUGUCGCUGUCUGGAGCCAUGGCAAAGGAGUUGGUUCCAACCGCAGAGCAAGCAGCUACCCUGCUGCGCUCCAGCCUGGCCCUGUUCGAGCGCGAGCCAGCCCGCUACGCGCUGCGACCCGGCGUGGCGGCGGUGCUGCGCGACAUGCUGGCCGCGUGCAGCGGGGGCGGGGAGGCGGAGGAGCGCGCCGUACGGGAGUACGACGACCGGGUGGCGUACAGGGAGGGCGAGGCCCUGUACGUGCUGGCGCUGCAGCGGAGCGGGUGCCAGCGGGUGCUGGAGGGCAUGUCGUACAAGGCGCUGCCCGCAACACCAGCCGCCGGGGCAGGUAGCAGCAGCUGCAGCAGGAGCAAAGAGGGGACGGAGGGCCGUGGCUCCGGCGCCCCUCCCGCUGCCCCUCCCUCUGCUGCUGCUGCUGCUGCUGAACCCAGGCUGCAUGCCGCUGCGGGGCCGGCGGAAGGGGGGCC